GCGUCAGAUCCAUUCCACGGGACAGUGAUGCAUACAAUACAAUAGAACUCCAUUUUCACUCCUUAAAACGUGUAAAACAUUCUUCAUUUCUUCACCUGGAGCAAUUACACAAACGUCUGAUCUACUUCAACCCUUUCACGGCGCAUAAACAACGCAAUCACCACCCUCUCCUGCACUGUUCGUCACCGUGGAUUCCGAUCCACACGAUUUGCGUGACAGUGCAACAAUUGCACCCCUCAUGCUUCGCAGAUCCCUCUUUCUUCCCUUCCUCUUCCACUUGUUGUUGUUGUUCCGGUAUGCGGAUCCUGCUCCGAAUUGCACUCGGAACAGCUCCCUCGUCGAUUCGGAGUCCCAGUUCGAGUUGGUUCAGCACCAGCUUCGAGGAUCUCUGAAAAUCACAGACGAUUGCUCCUUUAGGGUUUCCCAAUUUGACAUGCUUCCCGGUUCCGACGUCCACUGGUGGGGUGCGCCGGGUACUGGUUUCGAUAAUCUUACCGCCGGAUUUAUUGUUUCCAACGACGGAUUGCACGGAACCUAUAAGAACUCCACCUUAGAUGUGCAUUUGCUGAGCAAUGUUACGUGGAGCAUGAUCAACGUCCUCGCCGUAUGGGAUCGCAGCGCCGCUUCUGAUUUCGGCCACGUCGUGCUUCGUGGGGACGCUCCGGCGAAGCCGCCUCCGACGGUGUUCGAGAAUUGCAAGGUUUUGUCGAAGAAUUUCAGGUUGAGGUGGAGUUUGAAUGUGUCUGAGGAUUCUCUUGAAAUUGGGUUGGAGGCUGCGAUUGGGAUCACCGAUUACAUGGCUUUUGGAUGGGCUGAACCCAGUGCCGAAGACUCUGAUCUCAUGAUUGGUGGCGAUGUUGCCGUCGCAGGGUUUAAGGAAGAUGGUGCACCCUUUGUGGAUGAUUUUUUCAUUACGAAGUAUAGUGAGUGUGCGAAAAAUGUUGAUGGAGUUGCUCAAGGGGUUUGUCCUGAUUCAGUUUAUGAAGGGCCUGAUGGGGUGGGUUUAGUAAACAAUUCAAUGUUGGUUUAUGGGCAUAGGAGCGAUGGGGUGUCCUUCGUUAGAUACAGAUGGCAUUUGACUAAGGUUAGUGGAAAGUAUGAUCGCCCUGUGAAUCAUACUGCAAAUAUGAAGGUUAUUUGGGCUUUGGGGCCUAUUAAGCCUCCUGAUACUAUUAAUCCUUACUAUCUUCCUCAGAAUCACGGGGCUGUAAAUUAUGGUCAUUUGUUUUUGAAUGUCUCGGAGCAUGUGAAUGACUGUAUUGGACCCUUGGAUGCCGAAGAUAAACAAGAUCAAGGUGUUAUCAUUGCAGAUGGCAAUAAUCCGCUGGUGGUAUCUUCGGCUCCGGCAAUGCAUUACCCCAACCCUCCAAAUCCUGCAAAGGUUCUUUACAUCAACAAAAAGGAAGCUCCUGUUUUGAGAGUGGAAAGAGGGGUUCCAGUCAAGUUUUCCAUCCAAGCUGGGCAUGAUGUUGCUCUUUAUAUUACUUCAGAUCCGCUUGGUGGAAAUGCAACGACGAGGAAUCAGACUGAGACUAUUUAUGCUGGAGGUCCAGAGGCCCAUGGAGUUCAAGGAAGUCCUACAGAAUUAGUCUGGGCUCCUGACAGGAACACUCCUGAUAACAUCUACUACCAUUCAUUGUAUGACCAGAAAAUGGGUUGGAGGGUUGAGGUUGUUGAUGGGGGUUUAUCAGAUAUGUAUAAUAACAGUGUCAUUUUGGAUGAUCAACAGGUUACUUUCUUUUGGUCAUUGUCAAAGGAUUCCAUAUCUAUUGCAGCUCGUGGCGAGAAAAAAAGUGGUUAUCUUGCCAUAGGAUUUGGAAGUGGAAUGGUGAACAGCUAUGUGUAUGUGGGUUGGGUGGAUGAAUCUGGUAUUGGACAUGUAAACACUUACUGGAUUGAUGGAAAAGACGCUUUAAGCCUGCAUCUUACACGGGAGAAUUUGACACAUGUGAGGUGUAAAACAGAAAAUGGCAUCAUUACUUUGGAGUUUACGCGUCCCUUGGACCCAUCUUGUAGACGGGAAAAGAGGGUAGAGUGUAAAAAUAUUAUUGAUCCCACAUCUCCACUCAAAGUUGUUUGGGCAAUGGGUGCUAAAUGGACUAAUGACCAUCUUACUAAUAGGAAUAUGCAUUCCAGUACAAGUAAUAGGCCUAUCCGUGUACAACUGAUGCGUGGGUCAGCUGAAGCGGAACAGGAUUUGCUUCCUGUUUUGGCUGUGCAUGGAUUUAUGAUGUUUGUUGCAUGGGGUAUCCUGUUUCCCGGAGGGAUAUUGGCCGCCAGAUACUUAAAACAUCUUAAAGGUGACGGAUGGUUCCGGAUUCAUGUUUACUUACAAUACUCAGGGCUAAUAAUUGUUUUACUUGCCCUUCUUUUUGCUGUUGCUGAGCUUAGAGGGUUUUAUGUCCGCUCAACACAUGUGAAAUUUGGAUUAGCUACUAUAUUUUUUGCCUGUAUACAGCCAGUAAAUGCUUUCUUAAGGCCUCAAAAGCCAGCAAAUGGGGAGCAAGCACCCUUCAAGAGGGUUAUUUGGGAAUAUUUCCACGCAUUUGUUGGUAGAUGUGCCAUUGUUGUUGGCAUCGCGGCACUGUUUACUGGGAUGAAGCAUCUGGGAGACAGAUAUGAUGUGGAAAAUGCCCGUGGACUCAAUUGGGCUAUGGCAAUUUGGUUCUUAGUGGGUGCUUUGAUUGUUAUUUAUUUAGAAUACCAGGAAAGGCAGCGCAUAAAGAAGCAGGUAUCUGCAAAAAGCAAUUGGGUGUUUGGUAAUCUUGAGGAAGAUGAUUCAGUUGAUCUCUUGAGCUCAACUAGAACAACUGCAGAUAAAGAGUCACUACCUUCUGGGAGAAUGGAAGUUCAGUUAGAACCUUUGAACAGAUAAAAUUGCAUUGCCUGUCCUGGUAGACAGUUACCUGACUUUUACAAAUUUCACGUUUAAUCUGCGAGAUGGCAGCUUCUUUAUUGGUUAUGAUAUGAGUUGUUGUCGGAGGUAAAAUGGGAGCCACUUGUCCAUCUCUAUUUUUGACAUAUGUUGCUUUCUGGUUUCUAUGUAGAUUAGCUUUCCUGCAGCAUAUAGUGACUAUAGUAGUGAUACAUCUUCAAUAGGAUAGGUUAUAUACUUCACUCCAGCUUUACACUUAAUUUCUUUUACCUCUUUCGAUAAUAGAAGAAAUCAAACUUUACAAGGUGAAAGCUUUUUUCGUGGAUCCAUGUAAGUUCUGUAUGGUUAGUUUGAUAGUACCUUAGAUGACUUGAGACACGGUAUACUAGCUGACCAAAGGCACUGUUGUAAAAUAUGAGAUGCAGAGAAAUAGUUAGACAAUGAUUUUUUUUUCUUGUAAUAAUGCUCUAUUCUUAUAGAUUCCAUGUUCGUGCAUCUUUCAUCUUUGGUUCAAUUAGAGCGUGUUUAAGAAGCUUUGGGAGUGUAAUUCAGAUUUUAAAGGUUUUUAAAAUGCAAGUAUGAAAAUAAAAGAGAGAAUUUGGGAAUCCUAUGACCAUAAUUAUCCUCGCUCUCAUUUGCGACUCAUUCCCAAUGACGAGCUCCAGAGCACUCUCAGACAUUUCAGCUGCAGGUAAUUAAUGUUUUAAGUUGAUACAACUGUUUCAGGCAAAUCAUCAUUUUCAAAUAUUCACACCUUUGUCACGAGUGGUUCUGCUUCAAUACUGCAAACUCUUGUAUGCUUCUGGAAAAGUUUGCAUCUUGUGUGUAGAAUCUUCAGAAUUUAAUGCUACUUCCGAUUGGAGGUUUUAUAUUAGUCAA